GAACAAACGCUCAUCGCCGUGGUAUUAUUGUACACAAUACUCGCGUUAGCUACCGUAUCGACAAAUCUUGUAGGAAUUUGGGAAACGCUAUGGGAAAAUGUCUUCACCAAAAGUCAGGAAGAAAAGAAGCAAAGCCAUGGAGAAUGGAGACUCCACAUCAUCCAAGGGGAUGGAGGCGAGGCCGACGGUUUCAUACCAGCAAAAGCUGAAAUCCGUGUUAACAGGGGAAAAGGUGGAUUUAAACACCAAAGAAUUUCUUGGCUGCAAGAUCUCAACCAAGGCUUUCCAGCAGCUCACUCCACAUGAAAUCCGGGACCUGAAGACAGUCUUUGAUGCGUUUGCUGAUUCAAAAGGAAUGAUCCGAGCUGACGCAGUUCGCAGAACAAUGAGAGCCCUUGGCUUUAAGCUGACAAAGCAACAAGCCCAGGCAAUGGUUGCAGACAUGGAUCUGGACAAAUCCGGGACCAUUGAUUUCAACGAGUUCCUUGAGUUCAUUAUUGAUAGACAGGGAACAGCAAGGGACAUCUAUGCAGAGAUUCAGCAGGGAUUUCGCAUGUUUGAUUAUGAUGGGACAGGCCAAAUCUCUUUGGACAACCUGAAGAGGGCAUGCAAGGAGGCUGGCAUCAAGUUUUCUGAGCAGGAACUCCGCGACAUGAUUGAGGAGGCAGACCGGAAUGGAGACAAUAUGGUGAAUCUGGAGGAGUUUACCAACAUCAUGCUCAAGACCAACCUGUUCUGAUGGAGCACCCCAUCUCUAGUUAUAGUACAUGUGUAACUCUACUUCUGCCUGGAGAAUAGGCUUUCCUGUGCUUCCUCUGGGAUGGGCAUAAAUUUGUGGGCAUUCUUGGCAUUGAAUGUCUAAAUUAAAACCUUUUGUUCGGGAAAUCAACAAAGGUUAGGUAUUAGAUGUGUGUGGUCUCGCUGGUGUGGUGGUUAGAUUUGUAAUUAGCAAUCAUUGGGUCUGAGGCUUGAACGGGCGGCUGGUGACGUGACCUUUGGCAAGUCACUGUACCUUUACCUCUCUCCAUGCAGGAUAUUAACCCUAACACUCCUCAAUCCUUUACCUAUUGGAGGACUGAGGAGUGUUAGGGUUAAUGGGUACUUGUGCAGGCAUAGACUGUUGUCUUGUUUGAUUAACCAUUUCUGCCUGAAGUGGCAACAUUGGGCCUGUUUGUUUUACAUGGAUCCAGAUCGCAAUCAGUAAUCCCACGCUAGUUCACCGAGAGUACACCAGAGUCCACCUAAUGGACAGAGCAAAGCAGCUUUGGGAUCACUGAUCGAGAUUUAUAUCCUUGGGAAACAGGCCCCUGGAGUUGUAUACAGUGUACUCCUCAGGGAGCCGAAAUAGUUUUUGUUGUGGGCCAGGUGAGUAACGAAUAAAUGACUCGGCAUUUUGACCACUAUUAAUGGUGGAUAUGUGCACUUUAUUAAAACACAUCACAAUUGUUUUCUUACUUGGAGCUGGAACUUGAACAGUGCUACCUCUAUCACAGAGCUUUGCACAGAACUAUCCGAGAUACAUGCACAUGUAGGUGCAGAAGCCAUUCCUAAUUCAUUUGCUCCUUCAUUCAGGCACAGACAAAAAAUAUUUGUAUCUAUUCGAGCUUCUGCUUUGCAGUAAAUUGAGUCUUCAAUGAAAUAAAUGCACUUUUCAACAAGUUGUUUAGCUCACAAGUUACUUGUGCUGUUUUCAUUACACGUUUCAAUUUACGAGGGAAAUCUGAAUUGGAUAGCAGCUGUUGAUCAGAUGUUUGAAAAAUUGAGAUAACAGGUGCAAUUUAUGAAAAAACAUAAAUGGGUGAAAAGCCUUUAUAAAAAGUAUACAGGUUUACAUGCAGCUUUAAGGAUAAUGGUCUUGGCAUGGCAGUAACAAGGUCCUGUUUUCAAAGUACACGUACGGCUAAUAUGAAUAGCACUGUUAUCAGCAGAGAAAGAUUUGCAUCUUGGUACUAAUCUCUUUUUUUACUAGCCAGAAAUAGGUUCCUGUUUUGUGAAUUUUCCCAGUCCUAUAUAAUUUUUAUUAAGUUUUCAAUACAUGUAUUUGAUGCAGAAAGAACAUUACUUGCCAGCAGUAAGCACUAAAAACUGAAGCAUUAGCUCUGAAUGUCGAAUGUAACUUGCAAUUUCCCUUGAAAAUUAGAGAUGUACCUAGUUUUUUAAAGGUAUCAAUAGUUUGUUCAGAAUGGUUCCAGAAGAAGUGCGCAUUCAUUGAGGAUAGGUGACAAGGUACAAUGGAACAAAAAAUUAAAAUGGAGCCAUGGUGUUGGACAGUUGUAAUAGCUUAUCGCAAUUACGAGGAAUUGUUAAUGAAAAACAGUCAAGUGUGGUUAUUUAUAUAUGUACAGCUACAUUUCUCAUAGUGAAAUUUCACUUUUAGAGAUGUAUAAGGAACAAAACCAAAAACCACUUCUAUACUGGUUCCUGAGGGUCACAUCUUUUGAAAGUGUUACAAGUUUUAUUUUUUUUAUAUACUUUUUUAAACUGUGAAUACAUUUUUGUAUAAAUAAAACUUAAAAAACAUAAACAAACAAACUAGAAGCCGUUUAAUCCCGAGACUCUUGUUUCAAUGCCUAGUAAAUCGUGCACAUCGAGUUGAGUAUGUAAAGGUAGUACAGCCGAACAAAGUGAAGCACAAGCCUAAGGAGCAACCACGUUUACCUGAGUGCAAUCGCACCAACAGAAACUGUGAAAUUUGAACCCCCUUCCUUACAGGACAACGCCCAGUUGCCCAAAGCUUGUCUGCUGUUUUGGUCAUUUAGAACAUACUGCAAAACGUAUUUCGUGUCUUCUCUCGAUUGGCCAAGACCGCGACACGCGAGAUUCGCUGUUUGCUCCGUGCCUGUGCAUAUUUUCGCCAUGAAAAGAAAGUACAUGUACAUGUAGUAUACAUUAGCCGGUUAAUUUCCUCACACACGUGCGCACAUACCCGACUGCGUACGCCCGUUUGUUAAUUAUUUUAUAUACAUCUAAUGUGCUUUGUACACCAUGAGAAAUUCCGCGCGUUGUGUUUGUUUUCUGAUGUACUUGUAUUUUUUUAUGACUGGAAACACAAUUCAGUGAAAGCUUGGAAAUGUGAAAGAUAUUUUUAAAUUCGAA